AUGAUCAGAAUACCUAAACCUUUGAUCUAUGUCAGUGUCUUCGGUACGGUAUGUGGUGGUGCUUAUUUGAUCAAGGAGAUGAUGUCUGGAAAAGAUUACAAAAUCAAGACUUCAGCUGCUAACAAAGUGAUCAUAAUCACAGGUGCGAACACCGGCCUAGGAAAAGAAGCUGCCAGGUUGUUAGCCAUUAAAAACGCAACAGUUGUAAUGGCUUGUCGGGAUAUGGAAAAAUGUGAAAAGAGUCGAGUUGAGCUAGCACUUAUGUCUAGAAACAAACGGCUAUACUGUCGAAAAUGUGAUUUAUCAUCACAAGAAUCAGUCAGAGAAUUUGCUAACAAAUUCCAGAAAGAAUUUAAUAGAUUGGACGUUUUGAUCAACAAUGCUGGUGUUAUGAGGUGCAGUAAAUCCUCAACCAAAGAAGGAAUUGAAACUCAUUUGGGUGUCAAUCAUAUGGGCCAUUUCUUGUUAACCAAUUUACUUUUAGACUCUUUGAAAAAAAGCGCCCCCAGUCGAAUCGUCAACGUGACAACGCUGAAACACGGAAAUAGUAGAAUUAACAAAGUAGAUUUAAAUUCUGAUAAGUCGUACAGUGAAGAAGAGGCAUACGACCAAAGUAAACUUGCAAAUCUUAUGUUUACAUCUAAAUUAGCUGAAUUAUUAAAAGAUACUGGAGUCACAGUAAAUGCCGUCUAUCCUGGUAUCAGUACAACAGAUAUUUCAAGACAUUUACCGUUUUACAAUAGUGUUACUAGAUUUUUCAUAAAACCAAUUGCAUGGCUAUUUUUGAAAUCAGCAGCUAAAGGAUCGCAGACGUUGGUUCAUGCAGCUUUAGACCCGGAGCUUGAAGACAUUAGCGGACAAUUAAUCAGUAAUUUUAAAGUAAUACCAUUGCCGUACCGAGCACGCGAUCAAAAGACAGUUGAAUGGUUGUGGAAAGUUAGUGAAAAAUGGACUAAAGUCAAGGAAAAUGUAACCUGA